AGUGACAGGUGGGAUGAAGGUGAAGGCUGACCGGGAUGAGUCCUCUCCCUAUGCUGCCAUGUUGGCUGCCCAGGAUGUAGCCCAGAGGUGCAAGGAGUUGGGCAUCACUGCUCUCUACAUCGAACUCUGGGCCACAGGAAGAAAUAGAACCAAAACCCCUGGACCUGGCGCCCAGCCAUCCCUGAGAGCCCUUGCCUGCUCAGGAAUGAAGAUUGAGCAGAUUGAGGAUGUCACUCCCAUCCCCUCCAAUAGCACCCGCAGGAAGGGGGGUCGCCGUGGUCGCCAUCUGUGAACAGGAUUCUUCAAAUUAUUGUUUCCUGUUAAUAAAUUGCCUUUGUGUAAGCCAAAAAAAAAA